ACCAGGAAGUGACGUCGGGGAGUCGACUUCGUGGGUCUCUGAGCGGAGGUGUGUGACGUCAUUUAUGGACAGCCCCUUAUGUUUGCUGAUGAUCUGGUGAUUGCUGCUCAGAGGUGGAGUUGGAGGCGCUGCUGCUGAUCCUGGAGUGUGUCACAAAGAGGUUGAAUGACAUGAAGCAGAGACUCAAGACAGCCCAGUGGUAGAAGGAAUCAAUGCGAGCAGUGUCCAUACGACAUGAGCCACACUGGACACAUUAAUUUCAACCACAAAUUACACAUGGCCAAGAAGACCUUCAAGUGUACUAUAUGCGAGAAGGUAUUUCGACGUUUACCACUACUUAGAACUCACCAGAGACAACACACAGGAGAGAAGCCCUUUAAGUGCACUGUCUGUGGUAAAGCGUUUCCACGGUCAGGAUCUCUUAACGCUCACCAGAAAACACACACAGGCGAAAAACCCUUCAAAUGCACUGUGUGUGGAAAGGCAUUUGCAGGUUCAGGAAAUUUUUUGCAACAUCAGAGAACACACACAAGCGAUAAGCCCUUCAAGUGCACUUUGUGUGAGAAGACAUUUAGACAGUCAUCCCAUCUCCAAAUUCACCAGAUAACACACACUGGUGCCAAACCCUUCAAGUGCACUGUUUGUGGUAAAUCGUUUACACGGUCAGGAUCUCUUAACAUUCACCAGAGAACACACACAGGUGAGAAGCCCUUCAAGUGCACUGUUUGUGGUAAAGCGUUUACACGGUCAGGAUAUCUUAACAUUCACGAGAGAACACACACAGGCGAGAAACCCUUCAAGUGCACUGUGUGUGGUAAAGCAUUUACUAAGUCAAGAUAUCUUAAGAAUCAUCACCAGAGAAAACACACAGAGAAGAAGCCCUUCAAGUGCACUGUGUGUGGGAAGUUAUUCACACGGUUAGAUGACCGAAAUAGGCAUGAGAAGAUCCAUGUGGAGAAGGAGGUGGAAUCGAGCCCAUCUCGCAUGCAACAAGACCCAAACGACAACCCGAGUUUAGCAACGUGGCCAGCAGUGAAGGUUGAAUGGGAAGAAGUGAAGGGGGAAUGUGAAAAGGUGAAGAAGGAAUGUAAAGAAGUGAAGGGUGAAUGUGAAGAGGUGAAGGUGGAAUGUGACAAGGUGAAGAUGGAAUGUGAAGAUGAAGACUCAACUCCAGGCCCCGACCUCCAGGUGAAUGGAGGCAGCGUCAAGCAGGAGGAGCAUUCGGACUCUGAGGGAGGGCGAGGCGACCCCCAGAAGGUUGUGGAUGUGGAGGUGUGGGUGGAGUUUUUGGCGGAGGGAUCGUGCAGUCGUUAGUGUGCUGUCUUACGAGCGCGGGAACCCGAGUUUGAUUCCCGUUCACGGUCGACAUUGGUGACAAUUAUCUGAAUUGGUCCUGGGCCUCCCCUAGGUCAGCUCAGCCUCAAUUGAGUACCUGGUGUGGUACCUAAACACCACUGGGAAGACAAAGGUGGACGGGCAUGGUGCUGGCCACCCACCCCCUCGUGUACCGUGCCGGCCUUUAUCGGUGCUCGCUGCCACACUUGUCUUAAAAGUCUGUUCAGGCUCUCAAGGGGCAAAUUUAGCUUCGAAGUUUUUGGACAAAUCAGAUUAAGAGGGCCCAGCACGUUUGAAGUGGGGGUCUGGAAAGAUCUGAAAGAAUUCCCAAUGAGGUCACCUUAUUUACAGGCAUCUCUCAUCUUAAACAACUACGCUGGUUUGGUCUUCUGCGUGCGUGGCCGUACGUAUAUUUAUUUAUUUACUGGCCCGCCCAGACAGCUCACUCUGAUUCAAUAAAAAUUAAACAGCCAGAAGAGAGCGAAAGCAUAGGUCUGGCAAGGUCUGCGCCGCAGUGGUGCAGUGCACUGUGGGCGCAGACCCUGCGCUGUGUGAGUGUGGUGUGUAUGCAAGUGUGCGAAUGGUAGUUACGGUAAUAUUACGUAUAUUUACGUAAAAAAUGGGUGCUGCUUGCUGCGAUUAGUGGAGUCCCCAAACAACUUUACCUUACGAGUAGGCAAAAGUCGCUAUACAGUGAGUCUUAGCGGACUGAGCUGGCAGCUUCACCUGCCGGGACCACGGCCAGUUGCGUAGCGCCCCCUACAGUUUCGCCCAUGGGUCAAUACCCCCAUGGGGCAACCCAGCUGACUGUUUGAUGGGUACAAUGGGUACUUUUUGUUUAUCCGGCUUAUUACCAUUAUUAUGUAUUGACGUUGAUCACGUCUCCAUGGACGGCUUGCUGUCUACUUCGGUUGUGGAAUUGAGAUGUUGUGCAUGCUGCUGCUGGUAAGGGCAUGUGUUGCAUAAUAUGCAGCAUGUGUCUGCGUAUCAUGUUUGCCACGGAUGCAGUUGGCGUUACUGUACAUUUAUGAUGUUUUGGAGU